AGCAAACGCCCCUCCCACCCAACUUCCUUCCUGGCUGGCUCUUCCCUGGGAGGAAAACGGCUUCUGUCUCUCCCAAGCGCUGCAUCGGGGGCGCCUUCUGGGAUCUGGACCCCCUUGGUGCCUGCAGCCCGAAUCAUCCAUUGGCCUUCGAUUCGAAUUAGUGCCCCCCCCAAUUAAUCAGGCACUGGUGUUCUCAAGCGUCCCGAGGAAGAUGAUGAUGUUAUGUGCCUUCAACCUAUGAAUCAGUGACCUGAGACUCCUGUUCCCCUUACAGAGGUCAAACUCCUCCAACAAACUACACUUCCCAGGAUUCUUUGGGGGAAGCCAUGACUGUUUAAAGUGGAAUAAAGAGUUGGUAGCACCUCCCGUGCGGACAGAAGAGGGAGGGAGUCUCUUGGGCCCGGUUGGAGCCUUCCUUGGAAGACAGAUCGAGGAUGAAGAAGGAAGACUCACCUGGCCCUGAAGCAGGAGGCGGCUCUUAUAUCACCCAGGCAGGGAGCAGUGGGGAGUUCUGGGAAAGGGACCGAAAGGUUCCAGGCGAGGAGGAGGCCCUCAGCUCAGAUGCGCAACGCCAGCGUUUCAGGCAUUUCCACUACCAAGAAGCCAAAGGGCCCCGAGAGAUUUGCAGCCAACUUCACCGUCUUUGCUGUCAGUGGCUGAAGCCAGAGUGCCACACGAAGAAUGAGAUCUUGGACCUGGUGAUCCUGGAGCAAUUCCUGGCCCUCCUUCCACCAGAGGUGGAGAACUGGGUGAGGGAAUGUGGAGCGGAGACCAGUUCCCAGGCUGUGGCCCUGGCCGAAGGUUUCCUCCUGAGCCGGGCAGAGGACAAGAUGCAGGCAGAGCAGCAGGUCAAGGGUCUGUUUGCAGAAGAGGCCACUGAUAUCCUGAAGUCACAGGAGGUGCUGCCAGACCCCAGAGAGUGUUCCCUGCAAAGGGGAAACAUUCAGGAGAGUGACCGAUGUGCCACCUCACUCGGGGAUGAAAUGAUGCCAGCCAGACCUCCUCAGCCAUUUCCUCUUCACGGUUCUGGGGAAGCAUCUGUUGUGAAUCCAGUUCAGGGCCACGUGUCCUUUGAGGAGGUGGCUGUGUAUUUCACGGAGGAGGAGUGGGCUUUGCUGGAUCCUGACCAGAGGGCGCUGCACAGGAAAGUCAUGGAGGAGAAUUGUUGGAUCAUCACCUCUCUCGGCAAUGAAAGAGAAACCAAGAAUCAGGGAGAACUACAUGAAUGGUAUGGGAUGUUUCCCGAAAGAGACGUAUUUAUAAAGGGGGAGCAGCAGAGAAGCAAAGCUGAAGGAGAAGAGAGGAGGAGGAAUAGACCACCUACUUCUCAGGGAAGUGACCUCCAUCAAAUUCUGGUCCAAAACAAAAUACAAAGAAGAAAAGAAAUAAGUACAUGUUGUGUGUGUCAGAAAAGUUUCCAUUCUAAAUCAAAAUUAAAAGCUCAUUACAAAAUCCACACAGGGGAAAAACCAUAUCAAUGCUUGGAGUGUGGAAAGAGCUUCUGUCAGAAGACAAGUCAUGCUCGUCAUCAAAGAAUUCACACAGGAGAGAAACCAUUUAAAUGCUUGGAGUGUGGAAAGAGCUUCUGUCAGAAUACACAUCUUGCUAGUCAUCAAAGAACUCACACAGGAGAGAAACCUUACAAAUGCUUGGAGUGUAGAAAGAGCUUUUCUCAAAAGAUAAAUCUCACUAUUCAUCAAAGAAGUCACACAGGGGAGAAACCAUAUAAAUGUUUGGUAUGUGGAAAGGACUUCUGUAAUAAGAAUUUGCUCAAUUCGCAUCAUAUAAUUCACACAGGGGAGAAACCAUACAAAUGCUCGGAGUGUGGAAAGAGCUUCUGUCAUAAGACAAAUCUCGGUAGGCAUCAAAGAAUUCACACAGGAGAGAAACCACAUAAAUGCUCGGAGUGUGGAAAAAGCUUCUCUCAGAAGACACAGCUCGCCAGGCAUCAAAGAACUCACACAGGAGAGAAACCAUGUAAAUGCUUGGAGUGUGGAAAGAGCUUCUGUGAGAAGAGAAAUCUUGCUACUCAUCAAAGAAUUCACACAGGAGAGAAACCAUAUCAAUGCUUGGAGUGUGGAAAGAGCUUCUACCAUAAGACACAUCUCACUAGGCAUCAAAGAACUCACACAGGAGAGAAACCAUAUAAAUGUCUGGCAUGUGGAAAGAACUUUUCUCAGAAGAGAAAUCUUACUAGUCAUCAAAGCACUCACACAGGAGAGAAACCAUAUAAAUGCUUGGAGUGUGGAAAAAGCUUCUGUGAGAAGAGAAAUCUUGCUAUUCAUCAAACAAUUCACACAGGGGAAAAACCAUACAAAUGCUUGGACUGUGGAAAGGGUUUCUGUAGUAAGAAACAGUUCACUUCGCAUCAAAGAAUUCACACAGGGGAGAAACCAUACAAAUGCCUGGAGUGUGGGAAGAGCUUCUGUCAGAAGACACAGCUUGUUAGUCAUCAAAGAACUCACACAGGAGAGAAGCCACAUAAGUGCUUGGAGUGUGGAAAGAACUUCUCUCAGAAGAGAAAUCUUGCUAUUCAUCAAAGAAUUCACACAGGAGAGAAACCAUUUAAAUGCUCUGACUGUGGAAAGACCUUUCGUCACAGUUCUUCCUUUAUUAUUCAUCAAAGGAUCCAUACAGGGAAGAAACCAUAUAUAUGUUUUGAGUGUGGAAAGAGCUUCAGUCAGAAGACACAUCUCGCUAGUCAUCAAAGAAUUCACACAGGAGAGAAACCAUUUAAAUGUUCUGACUGUGGAAAGAGCUUUAAUCAUAGUUCUUCCUUUAUUAUUCAUCAAAGGAUCCAUACAGGGAAGAAACCAUAUAUAUGCUUCGAAUGUGGAAAGUGCUUCUGUCAGAAGACACAUCUCACUACUCAUCAAAGAAUUCAUACAGGGGAGAAACCAUUGUAGGGACUGGAGUGUGGCAAGAGCUUUUGUCAGAAUAUAUGUCUUACUUCUCAUCAAAGAAUUCACCCUAGGGAGAAACUAUAGAAGUGCUUGGAAUAAUGAAUUUGAUUCAGUUACAGUUUAACUCUGUUUCAGUUUGGAACAGAGUUGGUGAGGGAUAUGGCCUGGCAGAUGGAGAAUAGACUCAGCAGAGUUCGGAAGGCCAGAUGGUGAGGCCUUGAGGUUCCCCACCCAUCUGUCCACAGAGAUGAACAGGAAAAGAAACCACUCACAUCCACACAUGCACCUGGAAGGCCCCUGCACAGAUGCACACGUUUGGCUUUUCCAUGGUGUUUGGGUAAAGGUUGAAUCCAAUAGAAUGUUGAUUACUCCUCCUGAAUGUGCAAGAUUUUUCUUUGUCACCCCCUGAAAAGCAUCAUCAAAUUAAAGCAUACAUUGUGGGCUUG